AUGUGCGAUCAGUUCCUUUUAACAUUAAACAUCGACCAUUCGAAGCAGAAUAUCGUGUUUGAAGCUUGUGUCCGUGAACAAAACAAAAUGAAGGUUCUAAUAAUAAGUGCUAUCCUUUUACAGGCCUGGUGCAAUGCAUACCCAAAACCCAAAGGUGUAGCGUCAUACGUGUACAGUGACACAGACGGUAACAGGUACGGGGGUACUUACGAUCUGGGGAACAACAUCGCCCCAUUCAGCGACCCCAUUAUAACGUCAUACAGUGACCCCUACGUCCCUGAAUUCUUUAACAACUUCGGCAACAUACUUCCACAGUUUCCGUUCGGAGGAUUCCCAUUCGGACCAUCUGCCUUCAACAUGAAUCGUUUUGGUGAGAACGCGGCUUUCGCCAGCUCGGCCAUCGCACCGGGAUACAGACACCAAUCAGCCAUUAUAAGUCCAGCGAACGCCGAGAUUCCGAACGUGGAUAUUACUGACAGAUUUGCUGAGCCGGCUGAUGAUGGAAAAUUCUACAGCGUUUCCAGCUCCUCGUUCGCAUCCUCAAACAACGAUAAUGGAAAAGUAUCAGGUUUCAGACAAGCAGAAACUGUUGUUAACGACAAUGGAAAAAUAACCAAGUAUAGGGUCCAUAACUAA